AUGGCUCCCCUUAACAUAGCCAUCAUUGGUUCCGGCCUCUCGGGGCUUUCCUUAGCACUGGCUCUGCAUCAACAAAACAUCCCAUGCACUAUCUAUGAAAGUCGUCCCGCAUCAUUGAACAUUGGAGGCGCCGUUAUGCUUUCUCCCAACGCCCUCAAAAUCCUCGACGCACUUGGAAUCUAUGAGCGAGUCCGAGACAAGGGCUACAACUUUGAGACGCUUGAAUACAAGAACGGAUCUGGAGAACUGCUUGAAGUGUACGAGUUUGGAAGCAAAGAGAAGUAUGGUUACGAAGCUCUUCGGAUUUACCGAACUGUACUCAUCGACGAGCUUCUGGCCAUGUUGAAGGAAAAGGAUAUCUCUAUUGUCUUUGGGAAGAAGUUUACAAAAGUUGUAGCGGAGACGGAAAAUGAUGUGACUUGGGAGUUCCAGGAUGGAAGUACCCAAACCGCAGAUAUUCUUGUUGGUGCAGAUGGGAUCCAUUCAACAGUUCGCUGCUACCUCUACCCGGACUUAGUCCCAGCUUUCACUGGUAUGGCUGGAGUCACCGCAGCUGUUCCUACCAAACAACUGAAAAUCCCCACUGGAUAUCAUAUUCCAGUCACGAUCAUGACACCAAAUGGAGGCUUUGUGAUUGCUCCCCAAGAGGUCGACGGAUCAGAAGUCUUGAUAGGCAAGCAGAAGCGUAUGGGCGAAGGUUUCGACAGAGCUGGGUGGGAUCGUUACAUGGCAGACAAGGAUGCCUUUGUAGAAUUCCUCCAAGAAGGCGCCUCGAACUUUCCCGAGAUGGUGCAAAAUGCAGUAUCGCACAUCCCUCACAACAAGAUCAACGUUUGGCCCUUUUACGCCGUUCCCAAGCUGGAGAAAUGGGCUUCGGAGAAGCGACGUGUGAUUAUUUUGGGUGAUGCCGCACAUGCUAUUCCACCUAGCGCCGGACAGGGUAUCAACCAAGCUUUCGAAGAUGUAUACAUGUUUGCUCUGCUGCUCGGCCAAGCAGACAAGGUUGAAAUGCAAGAUACGUUGAGCUUUUGGCAGGAUUAUCGACAAAAGCGGAUAACCAAGGUCAUGUGGUUGAAUAGGCAGACUGACCUUAGACGGAUGCCCAAGGAGGCUCAGACGUCGGGAGAGAUUAUUGAAGAGAUUGAGUUGAGUUGGUUGUAUCUCCCAAAUUUCAAGGAUGACGUGGAAAGCUGGGUGAAUGGGAAGUUGGAGAAAAGAGAUUGA